AGUUUAUUUUCAAGCUUUCGAUUGGCAAAAAACACACUAAUGAUGGUGUCUUUAUGGGUUAUUGGUGGUUUGGCUCAUUUUAUGCUGAUACUAAAUGUGACUAAUAUGGACGGCAAUCCAUUCCUAAAUUUUCUAUAUCAAGGCAUAGUAGAACUGCCAGCGUUGUUUCUUGGUAAAUGGACGACCAACACUUUAGGAAGAAAGUGGACUGCAGUAGCAGCUUUUGGUUGUGCAACAAUUUCAUCUCUACCAUUGCUAUUUACUUCGGUUGAUCCUUCUCUACAUGUGUAUACCUCAACUCUGACAGUAAUAAUAAGAUUUUGUAUAAGUGUGUCUUUCUUCGUUAUGAUGAUUCAAGGCGUUGAAAUAUUUCCAACGUGUUUGAGACAAACGGGUAUUGCCUUAGGAGUGAUUUUGGGCAAUGCCUUUGGUAUCCUGGGACCCUAUGUUGUCUACUUAGGAACUGCCUAUGAUAUACGAUAUCCUUAUCUAAUUCUGGUGUUGCUAAUGUUGCUUGGUUUUGGUGCUGAGUUGAUGCUCCCAGAAACCCUACAUCAUAAACUUCCUGAAACAUUAGCGGAAGCUCAAAGUUUUGGACGAGAUCAAAAGUUUUGGCACAUGCCUAAAAAACCAGCUGAGCAGUUGCAGCAAUCUUUGCAAAAGGCAAAGAAAUAAA